AUGAUGCAAGCCAGGAAGUUUAAGUACAACGUCAUCGGAUCGGAGACGAUACGACGUUACCUUCUCAACGCCGUAUAUGAGACUGAAGAACUUUUCUUAAAAACAUGUGACAGUAGAGGAGUUGGUGGAAUUCGCGACGAGAGUAUAGAGAGUAUAGCAGAGAACAUCGACUCUUUUGAGCAAUUUACGACGCAAAUCGGGAGUCUGCAUGUGAAAAGAUGUGAUCCUGCGCUAGCUUAG